AUGAGCGGGGUGUGGGAAACCGGGGAGCCUCGGUGCCAGGCGGCGCUCGCGGUCCUGGCCUCGCUGUGCCGGGCUCGGCCGCCCCCUCUCGGGCUGGACGUGGAGACUUGUCGGAGCUUCGAGCUAGAACCCCCAGAGCGGAGUCCGAGCGCUGCCGACGCAGGCACCUCUGUCAGCCUCCUCACAGUGGUAGUUAUUGUGUGUGGCGUGGCCCUGGUGGCAGUUUUUCUCUUUCUCUUUUGGAAGCUGUGCUGGAUGCCCUGGAGGAACAAGGAGGCCUCCAGCCCCUCCUCUGCUAACCCCUCCCCGGAGGCCCUCCAGAGCCCCAGCUCCAGAGGCAACAUGGCGGACAAGCUGAAAGACCCCAACACCCUGGGCUUCCUAGAGGCAGCCGUGAAGAUCAGCCACACGUCCCCAGAUAUCCCUGCCGAGGUGCAGAGGUCGGUCAAAGAGCACAUCAUGCGUCACACACGGCUGCAGCGACAGACCACAGAGCCAGCGUCAUCCACCAGGCACACGUCCUUCAAGCGCCACCUGCCACGGCAGAUGCAUGUCUCCAGCGUGGACUACGGCAAUGAGCUGCCCCCUGCGGCAGAGCAGCCCACCAGCAUUGGCCGCAUCAAGCCCGAGCUCUACAAGCAGAAGUCAGUGGAGGGGGACGAUGCCAAAACAGAGGCCAAGACCUGUGGGAAGAUCAACUUCAGCCUGCGCUACGACUACGAGAACGAGACCUUGAUCGUGCGCAUCCUGAAGGCCUUCGACCUCCCCGCCAAGGACUUCUGUGGCAGCUCUGACCCUUACGUCAAGAUCUACCUCUUGCCUGAUCGCAAAUGCAAGCUGCAGACACGGGUGCACCGCAAGACCCUGAACCCCACCUUCGAUGAGAACUUUCACUUCCCCGUGCCCUAUGAGGAGCUGGCUGACCGCAAGCUGCAUCUCAGUGUCUUCGACUUUGACCGCUUCUCCCGCCAUGACAUGAUCGGGGAGGUCAUCCUGGACAACCUCUUUGAGGCCUCUGACCUGUCCCAGGAAACCUCCAUCUGGAAGGACAUCCAGUACGCAACCAGUGAAAGCGUGGAUUUGGGAGAGAUCAUGUUCUCCCUCUGCUACCUGCCCACAGCAGGCAGGCUCACCCUCACUGUGAUCAAAUGUCGGAACCUCAAGGCGAUGGACAUCACAGGCUACUCAGAUCCGUACGUCAAAGUGUCCCUGCUUUGUGACGGGCGGAGACUGAAGAAGAAGAAAACCACCAUAAAGAAGAACACCCUCAACCCCGUCUACAACGAGGCCAUCAUCUUUGACAUUCCCCCGGAGAACAUGGAUCAAGUCAGUCUGCUCAUCUCGGUCAUGGACUAUGAUCGAGUGGGCCACAACGAGAUCAUAGGAGUCUGUCGUGUGGGGAUCAGUGCCGAAGGCCUGGGCAGGGACCACUGGAACGAGAUGCUGGCAUACCCGCGGAAGCCCAUCGCACAUUGGCACUCCUUGGUGGAGGUAAAGAAAUCCUUCAGAGAGUGGCAGGGCCGAGCCGCCAGCUUCGACAGCGAGAGCUCGUGCCCGUCUCCGAGACCACCUCCGACACCCUGA